UAUUUGGUUUUUGUAAUUAAUCUACUAUUGUAUUUUAUUAGCGCUUUUUGUUUUAUUUUUUAAUUAACACUUUGCUGAUAAAAUUUGUAGCACUUUAUAAGAUUUGUUUUUGAUUUAGAUUUGGCUAUCAACUCUAACAAUUUGUUUGCAAAUUUGAAUAUAAUAUUAUGGUAGUGAUUGGCAUCAAUUGCAUUCGCAUUAAGUUCAUCAUAUACCAGCAGAUCUGAUAGUCAUGCAGAUUGAUAGUAAAAAUCAAUGUCAUUUUAUAAUCGUUUAAAUGAUUAUAAUAGAAGACGCAAUAAACUAUGUCAGAGUAUUGCAGGUGGAUUUUUGGAUGAGGAGUUUCUCUUUUGCUGUUAUUAUUAUUAAAAAAAUGAGUAAAGAAUAAUUAAAUGGUUAUGAAAUAGUAAAUUUUACUCGGCUGUUGCAGUCAAUCUAACGUCACAUUCUGUUAAUAGAUUCCAUUAUAUUUCUGCUGUCAAAAUUUAUUGCAGUCAAUCUAUCGCCACAUCACGUUCUGUUAAUGGAUUCCAUUAUAUUUCUGCUGUCAAAACUUAUAGUAUACACUUACAGAAUAUAUUUUCAAUAGAUUCAGUGUAUAUAAAAUUUACUUUUGGAAUUUCAAUAUAACAGGUAAUUAUCUAUUAAAUCGAGUAUUAAGCAAUUAUGCAAAAUAAUGAUGCUUCGCAAGUUAACAUGAUCCUUCAUGAAAAAGAGCGACCUUUUAAUGAUAAUUAGAUAAGUUGUCCUUAAAAUAAAGUUAACAAACUUGAAUAUCUUGUUUGCACAUGUAACAAGUGUGUAAUGUAUUCGUCAGCUGAUCUAUUACAAAAAGAAAUGCCGGCCAUGUCGCCGCGCAUGUUCUCGCACUCAAUUAUUGUGCAGCCACGUGCAGCUGUGGCGUGAAGCAGCGUGAAGAUAGUGAUAUAUUUUUAUAAUAGUGUCACAUGCGGUGUACCUCGAUCCAAAACGUGAUUACAUUUCGUACACAUUCAGGCGAUUCAGAUAAUUUCGAUAAGUCGCGAUGAGCCGACAAGCUGUUCUGAAACUUUACAAGGGCAUUCUGAAGUAUGGCGAGACUUUGAGGUUCACGAACAAAAAGUAUUUCCGAUACAGAAUCCGGAUAGCUUUCAAGACUAAUAAAGAUCUGUCCGACGAGACGGCGAUAGACUUCCAAUUGAAGAAGGGUAUGAAAUUCUUGGAAGCUAGGAAAGUGGUAUAAGUCAUAUUUUACUACGGCAGGAGACAUUCUAUGAAAAAAGAGGAACCAU